AAUACAGCUUUAUUGUUAUGAACAGACGUGACGUCACAUCUCUGCGACAGCUUUCAGACUGUGUACACUAUGUAGCCAGAAAAGAGUCUCAACACUAAACUUUACGUUUUUACGGUACAUUUUUUUAAUUUAUCAGUGAUUUAUAAACCAUCGACACAAAGAUCCGACUUCCAUGAGACGAGCUCGAUUGCUCAGUAUCGCCGCUGCCUCCUGCUGCAUAACACCGUUUUUAUAUCAAUUACUUUUAUAUGUCAGUUUUUAAACAGAACUUUUAUUGGUUGUUUUGGCUGUUUUUGAACAUUUAAAAAGGGUGGAUGAUCUCUUUUUUUGAUCCCACAGUAAAUAUUAUAUAUUCCUCCUCAGUCACUAAUGCUGACAGACAGUUGUCCUCUACAUCAAGAGAUUUAUUGUUUCCCCUUCGGCUGCACAUCCAUAGCAAGUUAUCACUGGAGCUGGUGUAUGACCUUAAUGGAGGUAAACCAUGUAUUAUGAACCAUCAGUGAACACAAAUCAUGGCUGAGUGUGAUGCCACUUUUCUGAAUGUGGCUGCAUUCGCUGUGACCCAUGAGUGAAUAUUAUGAAGAGGGCGGGUUGCUGUAUGAGCGCUCGCCUCCCAUGCACAUUAAAGUGGAGUCACCUGAAGGUGCCUUUGGUGGUCGUGUGUCAGAGGACGGCUUCCCCCGUGAAGACGACGACUCUGAAGGUAGCUGCGAUCACGCUGGUCUGCCUUUCAACGUUGUGGUCGUACAUCCCAACAUCGUUGCUCCUGGAGUGGCUUCUGAUGAACUGAUGCCCAUUCAACAAAACAGAGGUAUUUCAGCAGCACUGGCUUCAGGGGGUGCAGGUAAAAGGAAGAGUAGGUUUAGUGGUGCUGAGUUGGAGGUGCUGGUCUCAGAAGUAACCCGGUGCGAAGGGGAAUUGUUCGGCCCGGCCGGCAGACUCAGGCGGCGUGAGAGAGAGCGGAUAUGGGCAGGAAUCUUGGAGCGUGUGAAUGCCGUGUCCCGUGUCCCGCGCACCCUUCGGGAAGUAAAGAAACGUUGGGACGACCUGAAGAGACGCAACGGUGGAAAGCUGGCAGAUGCAAGGUUCCGCUCUUGGCUUCCAUCCAGUAGAGGGAGUGCAGUUUUGGGAGGGCCUAGCCAGUUGAGCCCCAGGUUUCACCAAGCCAGACAAAAAAUGAGUACAAGGGGAAAGGCCAGUUUCUCCUGUUUGUCUGACACUGAUCCAGUUACAGGAGGGGAUGGUUCAGAAAGAGAUGGCUUUGAAAAGGAGGAUGAGUCUCAUGAGCAUGAAGGUGAAGAAGGAGCCAGUUAUGAAGGUGUAGAUAACAGCAUGGAAGACAAACUGGGGUUAGGCCUUGGGUUAGGAAUAGUCCCGGCUCCAACAUCUGAGCGCUGGCUUCCUCCUUCACCGCUCUAUAGUGCCCCCUUCUUGAAUGGAACUCCUCAGCCAAGUCCAGAACCAUCCCUUGGAGCUCAUCAGGGCCCCAUUGAGCCUCCUCCUUCACGCACUUCCUGGCUGGAGGAUGAACUUCGAGGACUCGGGGAAGCGGCUGUGCAGCUUGGAGAUCGCCUUGAGCAGAACUUAAGGGAGUUUGGCGAAGGUUUCAGGCACGACAUGCGGACACUUGUGGCCUCACAAGAGGCUCUGACAAUCAGCUUACAGCAAAAUAACGUGCUCUUGCAGAGACUGUUGGGCCUUCUUGAAAUGCAGCAGCAGCAAACGCAGCCUCCUCAGCACCAAAUUCCACAUCAUCAGCUUCCACAACGAUUAUCUCAAGAACAUUUGCAGCAUCAACAACAGCAAGAAGAUCUGCCACAGCAAAUUUUAACCCCAGAGCUUGAACAACAAAUUCCUCAAAAUGCAAGUGAACAAAUAUCAACAGCAGCUACUUCUGUACCCUUACCCCCAGAUAUUUUAGAUGGCACUUCCCAGCCUGAAUCAACAACCAAGACGAAUGUCCAGAGACCAUGUCGGGGUAGACCAGGAGACCACAGACGGAAGCGUAGACAUUAGAUAUGUAAAUUGUCCUGAUACUGUUUAUUUCUACAAAGGUUUUAUAUUAAAGAUGUGCAGUUUAGUUAGAACAUGUUAUGCCAUGUGCCUGUUGCAAAAAUAUACUAAGUUAUACAUAAAAAGAUUAUAAAAUUUAAAUGAA